CGCGCUAUCGCUUGCGUGUCAUGUUGACAAACGCUAAAGACGGAGCUGGCAACAUGUCCGCCACUGCUGCUGCUCAGCAAAACAAUAACGAGGAGCCUAGCCUAAACGUGUGAUACAGUGGCUGCGUGGAGAGUAAUUCACGGAGACUCUAUGCCACAAAGGUCAUGGGUGGAGUUGGAGAUGAAUGGAAACAACAGGAACCAGGCCCUGCUGCCAAACUCCACCACACCCUCCCCUGCCCCGGGGAACGGGAAUGAGGGGGAGAGUCAGGGCCCUCAGGCCCUGGAGGUGGUGCCAGAGGAGGUGGAGGAGAGUCUGACAGCGGCACUGGAGCAUGUGCCCUCAUCCUCCUCUAUCCACAAUGGAGACAUGGAGAAGAUCCUGCUGGACGCCCAGCACGAGUCCAGCCAGAGCAGCUCCUCCUGCGACAGUCCUCACAGACCUCCAAGUCCAGAUCAGGAUGACGGCCAAAUCACCUUUGAUGUGGAGAUGUCCAGUCGGAGAGGGAGCCAGUUAGAGGAGGAAGGUCCAGAGAAAAACAAAGAGGAUAUCAUGAUGAACAAAGUUGCAGAUUGGUCCAGUCGGCCUGAAAACGUUCCACCCAAGGAGUUCCACUUCCGUCACCCCAGACGCUCAGUAUCCCUAAGCAUGAGAAAUAGUGGAGCCAUGAAGAAAGGGGGUAUCUUCUCUGCUGACUUCCUCAAAGUCUUCAUCCCUUCCUUACUGCUAUCUCACAUUCUUGCCCUUGGCAUUGGACAUACCUUUGCAAAGCAACAGCUGCUCUCUAUAUCCCCUCACGAUCGUGCAUUCUUCUGCCUCUUCUGUAGCAGGCAUAAGAGACUGGACAAGGGUCUACAUUGGGAAGAGACUCCCCACGCCUUCCACCAGCUCUUUCUAAACCCGAAGUGAAGCAGCACCUGGAAGUCGCAUCAAAAUUAUCCUGUUGACUAGUUGUUACAAUGUCUUCAUGUGCUUAAAUGUCCUCUUUUCCUCUGCAUCCAUUGUAUGCCUAGCUAUCUCCUUUUCAACUGUUUUUCCCCCUUUUUAGUUAUUUGUACCACUAUCUGACAAUGACUUACCCAAGUUUUUUGAUGUAGUGUGCUUUUGGAGGGUUCAUAAUUCAUAAAUGACUGGGAACCUUUUACCUUUUGAAACAGAUUGGCUUUGAACAGUAAUGACCACUAGCAGCACAUAAUAGCUAACAGCACCUACCUGAAUCUGAGUGUUGUACUUCUGGACAAAAUGAUUCCUCAAAAGCUGUCUAUACUGUACUGCACAAACACUGUGACUGGUAUUGGAUGGCACAGGGCCUGAAGGUUUGGGAAUUUCUCUUAGAUUUCUACACAGAUUACUUGGCUUAGACCUAGAGAUUGUGCUUUGCGUAAUCAAGAAUUCCUCUACUGCUCCCUACUCCAAGUCAGUAAAUUUCAUGGUGACUUUUACCUGAACCAAAAUAAGCUACAUAUCUGCAGUACGUCUUUCAAUUGGCAUUGAGAAUUGCAGUAACUGUGAAUCAAGUGGUAUUGUUGUUCGGAUUUGUUAGUUUAUUACAUGGUUUGGAAUAAUAUUCAGCCCAGACUUAUCAAUUCAGGAGAAGUUUGCUUUUAAUUCCAGCCUAUUCUAGUUAUACCUAAUUUGUGUCAUUUAGUAGCCCCAAAUAAUUUUCUCUGAAGGUGGUCUCUUGGUGAAAGGGUGUGAAUAGUGAUGCUAGUAGCUACUGCAGAUUUCCAUUGAUUAACAGGAAAACAUCCCAGUAGAUGGAUGCAGAAAGAAUGGUACAUCUAAAUGCAGUACAGGGUAAAGUACGGGGUAAGGGAAAGUUUGAAUGAAGACUUUGUGUACAGUAGUUUAUACCAAUAUACACAACCUGCCUGUUGUUCAACAACUCAUGUGUCAAUGCCACACAUUCUACCUUUUGUUUUUCAUAUCUAAUUUAUUUUCUCCAAGCUGAUUCUAUAAACCUUUUGAAUGUAAGUUUUCCUGUGUGGUAACACGCCCUCAGUGUAUAGAUCCAGCCACCAUACAGAGUAGGAUGUAUUGGUGGAAUGAUGUUAUAACUGGCCACAAAUAAUUCAGUUUUGUUUCCUUUUGGUACACAAAAUGACUACUGCAUAGUGCCAAAUAUAGAUUUAUUUUAAUCUCAGCGCUUUCAUUACAAAGGUAACACGCACAGUGAUUUCUCAACUAUUGGACAAGUUUAACUAACACAAACAGUUUCAUGCACUCAUAUCUCCAGUCCUGAUAAGUCACCUACCUGGUUUUGACAUGUCCUCCGGUGAACAUUUUGUGUAUGCAUGAAAUAUGUUUCCAUUCCCCAUAGGCAUACAUUUCCAUAAAGCAGACCAUAUGUAAGUAAUGAUUUUUGGAUAAAUCUUUAACAAUUACCUAUUUGGUACUGAAAUAAUUUUAUGAAAUCUGAUAAAGGACCCUUUUUCGUUUUUUUGCAAUAGUAAAUAGCUUUUUUUUUUCAUACACUAAGUAAUUAUUCUCACAUAGCGUGCGAUAGGAACUCCUGAGAAAGUAUCUUUACAGAACCAGCACUCCACCCCUGCUUGGUUAUUUAGGGUUUUGUUUUUUACCUUUUGGGGGGGAAGGGUGAGUGGACAAUGGGGAUAGAUGUGAUGAUUGUAGUAGGGUUCUUUUUUUUGAGUGGGAUUGUUUUUUGUGCCUCUGUUCUUGGUUUGUGCCAACUCAAAGUAACUCCCAUUGCAUGCAUGUCUUUAGCUUGUAAUUGGCAUUGAUUAACUUAUUAUCAUUCAUGAGAUGCCAAAGGCUGUCAUAGCUUUCAUUUAAUAUUGUCAAGUCCAUCCUGUAUCUAACGCAGAAGAAGUAUGUGCAUUAUCAUUGGUUUCAUUUUUCUUUGAUAAUCCAAACUGAAAGAUACUUGGUCUUUUCCUUGAACAUGUUUUGUUUGUGAUAUUGAUUCUAGUAGCAAGAACUUUCAGCCUUGUUUGAUAGUUUUUCCAAUUUGAUGAAAAUCUGACAUUAAAAUGAGAAAUUAACCGCAA